AGAAUAGGCAAGCAAUAAAAAACCCCCCCGAAACCGUAGCUUUAUAUUUUUUGGGAUUAAAAAAAAAAUCUCAGAUUCUUUCUUCUACAGUUCAACUGGACUGCCACUGAAGCUUGCUCGUUGUCUCCCUCUGGCUCAGUAUAAUAUGAAUUUGCUGGGAAAUUCGCCAAAUGUUUCUUCUCUGCUCAAUCAGAGUUUUGGAAAUGAGAAUUCAAGCACCAGUCUGUCAAGCCUGGGGGGUUUUCAGCAUGGAAUUGCAGAUACUAUGAUAGAAUCUAAUCCAGUUUCUAAGGUACCAAAUGAUGUUGGUUGCACUCCACCUUCUGCACCUACAAAGUUGUUGAAUUCUGUUUCUUCUAGCCAAAUUCCAAGCCAUUCUGGAAGCUCAACAUUGUCAGAUCAGCAGCAAAUUCAAACAUUUGAGCCACGGAGGUUCCAACAUGGCCAGCAGUCACUGCAGCAGUUUCCUGUUUCAUGCAGUCAAGCACAACAACAACUGCCACAGUUCCAAUCUAUUAGAGGCGGGUUAGGAGUGGGGGCGUCUGUAGUCCCUGUCAAGUUGGAGCCAGACGUAAUGAAUGAUCAAAUUGGCCUGCAGUCAAAGUUGCUGCAAAGCCUUGGUCCAGUGAAGCUAGAACUGCAACAGAAUCAGAUUGGAAGAGGCAUAGGACCUGUAAAAUUGGAAAAUCAGCAUUCUGAUCAAGCACUGUUUCUUCAGCAGCAGCAGCAGCAGCAGCUCCUCCACAUGUCCAGGCAGUCUUCUCAAGCUGCCAUUGCACAGAUGAAUUUCUUAUGGCAGCAGCGCAUUUUGCAGCAGCAGCUGCUGGGACCACGGCCUCAGCCACAUCAGCAGUCUCAACAACAGAAAGGGCCCAUUAGAUCUGCUGUGAAACCAAUCUAUGAACCUGGAACCUGUGCUCAGCGAUUGAUUCAAUACAUGUAUCAGCAGCAGCAUAGACCUGCUGAUAACAACAUUGAGUUCUGGCGGAAAUUUGUUUUGGAAUUUUUUUCUCACAAUGCCAGGAAGAGAUGGUGUGUUUCAUUGUAUGGGAAUAGCCGCCAAACUAAUGGUGUUUUUCAUCAGGAUUUAUGGCAUUGUGAAAUAUGCAAUCGCAAACCUGGUCGUGGUUUUGAAACAACUGUUGAGGUUCUGCCGAGGCUGUUCAAAAUCAAAUAUGACAGUGGUACUCUGGAAGAGCUUCUUUACGUUGAUAUGCCUCAUGAAUAUCAGAACUCAAAUGGUCAAAUUGUACUUGACUAUGCAAAAGCAAUACAAGAAAGUGUAUUUCAGCAUCUUCGUGUAGUACGUGAUGGUCAUCUUCGUAUUGUUUUCUCCCCAGAUCUGAAGAUUUGCUCUUGGGAGUUUUGUGCACGGCACCAUGAGGAGCUUAUUCCACGAAAGCUGAUAAUACCUCAGGUAAGUCAGCUUGGAGCUGCAGCACAAAAAUACCAGGCUUCUGCUCGAAACUCAUCAUCCAGCUCAUCAAAACGUGAUUUAGAAAGCAACUGUAACUUGUUUCUUGCAUCUGCUCGUCAAUUAGCUAAAGCUUUGGAGGUACCCUUAGUUAAUGAUUUGGGAUAUUCAAAGAGAUAUGUGCGGUGUCUUCAGAUAUCAGAGGUGGUAAAUAGUAUGAAAGAUUUGAUUGACUACAGCCAAGAGACUGGAACGGGGCCAGUGGAAAGUUUGGCACAGUUUCCCCGUAGGACUAGGCCAGGGCUACAUUAUUCAGUUCAGCAAUCUCAGGAGCAGCAGCAGCAAUUUAGAGGGCAUGUCUUGAACAAUAAUCAUAAUUCUGUACAGACAAAUGUUGUGCAUCCUUCUACAAGCAGCGGUGUUGCAAGUGCGGACAACUUUUAUGAUAUGUCCUCUAUUAACUCUGUUUCUGGCCUUCUCCGCCAGAAUUCCAUGAACUCAACGAUUGAGAAUCAGAUGAACAAUCCUGGAAGUCCAUAUGCUGGGACUCCUGUUCAGAUCCCAUCUGCGGGCUCUUCAACCACUCUGCCCCAAACUCAACCCAAUCCUCCUUCUCCUUUCUCGUGUCCAACACCUUCUUCAUCUAAUAAUCCUCCCCAGAGUUCUCAUAAUGUGCUAACAGCAUCAAAUUCUGCAAACCAUGUAGUUAUGGCAAAUUCACCAACCCAAAUAUCAGUGGGACAAUCACCACAGUCAAAUGAGGUUGCUCCAAAUGAGCUGCAAAGAUCUGUUGAGAAAAUCAUACAAGAUGUAAUGACUUCUUCCCAAUUUAGUGGGGGAGGUAACACGGCUAGUAUUGAUUCUGAAGAGAAUAAUAUGAAUAACCUUAAUGGGAUUGCAUUGAAAAAUCAAAAUGUCCUCACUAGGGGGAAGUUCCUCCUGGGCAAUGGUACAGUGGACUCCAGCUCAAGUACUAUGGUUGGAGAGUUUAGGAGCUUUGGUCGUGGAAAUGGUCUCUCUGCCACUGCUAGUGGAAUCAAAGCUGCCAUGGCAACCAAGUCUUUGCUUGAAAGGAACCGUUGGCAACAUGAAUUCACUAACCAGUUACAUAAUGGGAUUGGAUCUGUGAAUAGUUUUCUUGAUCACCAAUUUGACUGGAAAUCUGCCUGAAGAAGUGUCUUUGCUGACAUAUUCAUGACAAUUGCCUAUAGCCCUCUGCCUUCUGAUGUGAUAUUUCUGUGGGCAAUAGAAAGGGCAUAUGCUACAUGAUUAAGGAUUAAUUUGCCUCCAUUAAUUUGGAGCUUAUAUAGUUACAGGGAUUUUGUAGAGGGAAGGAAAAUGUAUAGUUUUGUGCUGAGGUGCCCUCUCCCCUCCUUUUCUUCCUCCUCUCCUCUUCUAAUCUUCACUUAAUACUUGGGGUUCUUUCUGCUGGUUUUUGUAUGUAUGGUUUGCACAGCUUUGAAACGAGGAAUCAUGCUUGAGACAUGAUCAUUGUAAUUAUGCAUUCAUCUUUUCCCGUAGUAGGGGAUUGUGGAAAAAUUUUGUAUGCAUCGACUCGAUGAUUCGAAACAGCUCCAUGUGGAACUGAUACAGAUAAUAAUAAUAAUAAUAGUAACAAUAAAA